GGUCACAAAGAACAAAACAUUGCAGAUUGUCUCAGACACAAUGGGUGAUGUUUGGGCAGACAACAGAGAUGUCGAAGAAGCUGCCAUCAAAGCGUUUCAAAUCAUUUAUGGUGGUAACGACUUGACUGAUUUAUGCAAACUUAGGUGAGUUUCUUAUAUAAUAUAACAUUUAUUCACAAUACAAAAAGGUUCUCUUCAUUUAGUAUAAUCUCAAAGUGCAUUUUUGCAGAUACCGGAAAUAUCUCGAUAUGUGUUGGAAAGGAAAAAUUGAUCCUGAAAAGAUGCCACCUACGGAAAGUGCUGCUAUUCUACACGGUUUUCGAGUUCAUCUACAGAUAAUGAAUUGGAAGAUAUUAGAGGAAGAAGAGCUUAAGCAAAUUGAUCCAAGCAAAUGGGGCUGGAAAAUUGAAAAUUCUCAAAUGAUGCCAAUAAAGACAGAUAAACAAGACGCCCCUGAUAGCCUCCUAAAAAUCAUUAAAUGCAACUGCAAGGCUACUUCGAAGUCACCCUGUUCAACAAAUUUGUGUUCAUGCAGAAAACAUGGUCUGAGCUGUAUGCAGUCUUGUGGAGAAUGUCACGGUGAAACAUGUGAAAAUAAAGAGGUAUUCGAUGGUGAUAGUAACGUCGAAGAUGAUUUGGAAGAUGAAGAAGAGAAUAGAAACAUUUUUGAUAUAUUUGAUGCAUUUUGAUUUUACAUAAUUUGUAUACAAAUAUUUACUUUUUUAAGAUGAAAACUAUUAAAGAAAGUCCAUGA